GGUGUAUUGACAGCCCCUUCCCUUUGACACUUUAAUUUAUUGUCAACUUUAUCAGACAAAGACGCCAGAAAUCAAACACACAAUGUCUGCUCUCAAGGUCGGCGACACUUUCCCCGAGGACGUCAAGUUCUCGUAUGUGCCUUACACCCCGGACAAGGGCGACGUCACAGCCUGCGGCCUGCCCACGACAUAUGAUGCCAGCAAAGAGUUCAAGAACAAGAAGGUAGUCCUCGUCUCCGUCCCCGGAGCCUUCACCCCGACGUGCCAGAACCAGCACAUCACCGGCUUCAUCGGCAAGAUCGAGGACCUCAAGAAGUCGGGCGUCGACCAGGUCGUCGUCAUCGCCUACAACGACGCCUUUGUCAUGAGCGCCUGGGGCAAGGCCAACGCCGUGCACGACGACUACAUUAUCUUCGCCUCCGACGACGAGACCAAGUUCAGCACGGCCCUCGGCUGGACCAUGGGGCCCCGCACCGCGCGCUACGCCAUCGUUGUCGACCACGGCAAGAUCACCUACGCCGAGAAGGAGCCCCAAAGGACCCUGGACGUCUCCAGCGUCGAGGCCGUGCUCGCCAAGCUCUAGGGGAAUCUUUGUUUCUCUAUGUUGAGGUUCUCUCGAUUUUGGGUCCUUCUCACAUAUCGCAACUGUGGCUUCGUCCCCAGAAGCGCCAUGAUGGGAAGAGAGGGGCGGAAAACUCAGGAUCUCCCUUAGAAGGACUAGAAAAACAAAGAAAGACAAUUAGAAAAGCCCACGUCAAUGAAGAAGUAUGGUGAUGUAUUGUA